UACCUACUUAUAUCUUUGCGUUGUUGGGCCUACUGGUCAAACCCCCCGGACUUCGCCAGCAUUGUAAUAUCGAAGUUCCUCUUCAAGGCCGACAUCGUAAUUAAGCAUAAUGACGAAGGAUACGAAGACGGUCGUGAUUCUUGGUGGCGCAUUUGCCGGCGUUCAGGUUGCCCACCGACUACUUAAAUACACCCAGCCUCAAGUCAAAGAUUUGAAAGUCAUUCUCGUCUCAAAGAAUAGCCACUUCUAUUGGAAUCUAGCUGCGGUCCGUGCCAUCGUCCCAGGUGUUUUGAAGCCGGACCAAUAUGCACUCCCCAUUGCAGCGGGUUUCGCAAAAUAUCCCAAAAAUUCAUUUGAGUUCAUCGUUGGCACAGCCGAGACUGUCGAUACCUCUAAAAAGACGGUCAGAGUGCAUGUGGGCGAGGAUGGUAGCGACCGCGAUCUGGCCUAUGACUACCUAGUGGUGGCCACAGGCACCCGUAAUGUCGGAACUACUAAGGUGCCAUGGAAAAAUGAUGGCACACACGAGGAGAUCACGGCCCUCAUCAACGAUACACAGACGAAAGUCAAGGCUGCCAAGCACAUUGUCGUAGCCGGUGCAGGCUCCACCGGUGUCGAGACAGCAGCAGAGCUAGGGUUCGAGUAUGGCAACCCGAAAAACGCGGACGACAAGAAGGAGAUCAUACUGCUAUCCGCUGACACGGAAGUUCUCAGCGGCGACAGUAUCGCCGGCAAUGUGGCAUCAGAGCUGAAGAAGGUCCACGUCACGAUCCGCGCCAAUGCACGUGUCGCGAGCACCAACAACUUGCCCGACGGCAAAACUGAGAUUGUGCUCGAGAACGGCGAAAAACUCGUCACGGACUUGUAUCUGCCGACGAUGGGAAUGAUCCCCAACACCGAUUUCCUCCCAGUCGAGGUAUUGACCGACAAGAAGUUUGUCGAUAUUGACGAGUUCUACCAGGUCAAGGGUACCGACAACAUCUGGGCGGCGGGCGACGUCGUGUGGAAGCCCCGUGGCAGCUUUGUUCUCACCGACAAGCAGGCUGCCGGUGUCGCGAAGAAUAUCGAUGCCGUGUUGAAGGGUAAAGCUCAGACGCUAGUCAAGACGAUUCCCAUCGAUGUGCUCAUGGUCGCCACGGGCCGCUCACGAGGCGCGGGAAGAAUGGGCCCCGUCAAGGCCUUCAGUAUAAUGGUUUAUCUGAUCAAGGGCAAAACACUUGGUGUCGACAAAUUACCUGCAUGGGUCGACGGUACUAACUUCUAAAACGGACCAGACCAAUAAAACACACUGGUCUUAAAGAAAAAACCGAAUCCGGCAUCGGGAUGACGACUUGCCUCUGACGAGGCUGAGGUCUGCUCUCCCUGUGCCGAAUCAGAUUGCCGCGUAAAGGGAUAUCACAGCUCAAGAUGUGGGGAGAGCUCACGCUGUUUAGACUUCUGCUGUUUGAUUUGAAGUUGUUAAAGAGGAAGAGAAUGGGAUUGAAGAGGACAGAAUGGGGACGAGGAGCGUAGCACUUUUAAUUCUCGAUACCCCGCCCCACACCCCCCAAUGAUGGAACAUGCGCAUCUUAGAAUAGUAGCUUUAAUAAAUGAUUAUAUU